GUGUGGUUAGGGUUAGGUUUUAAAUAAUAUUUUAAGAAGAUAAUUUGUAGAAACAGGCGGGGUUAUGACUUUGUGGCUGUGAUAACUAGUGACGACCAUGAAGUAGACGAAGCCCAGUAGUAGCAGUUGCCUGUGUUUCGUGGACCACGGUAAACUGUAGUCUAGACUAUUUACACUGUAUUUGAUUUAUUUAUACAUAUCAAAAUGUCUCAUACUGUUGUUACGACCACCACCACGACGACAUCGUCUUCAGGCGGAGGUUUCUUAAACUUGGGCUAUACUCGCUCUGGACAAGGAUUACUGAAAAUCGCCCAAGUGGUAAGAGUUUUUGGAUCCGAUAUUUAUACUGAUAUACUGCACAGAAUUAUACUAUUUUUUGUACGUUUUUAUUUUUAUGUUGGGUUUGGAUUGUAUUUUAUAUUGCUUACUGUCAGCUAUCUUCGUGAUCUUUAAUCACAGUAAUUGUUUAAUCCAAAAUGUGGAGAAUGCACACAGAAGUUGAAGGUAAAGUGGAGCGAGGUGCGUAACAGAAACUCUGAUUCAUUCAUAUCCUAGGUGGCUUUCUCUGACUGGUAGCCUACGACUAGGCUAUUACACAAAACAUUAACAUGCAAAACAUGAAUUAGGCCAAUAAUAGUGGAACCCAAUAGCCUUUAUAACAUGAAUUAGGCCUAUACCAGUGGAAACCAAUAGCCUUUAUAAAAACUACAAGUUUAAUGGACUAUUAAAAUAUUUUAAAUGACCGAGACAAGAAUCUACACUGGGAGCUCCUCCCAAAGAUUGACCUGUGCAUUAUCUCUCCAUGAGGCAAAAUGGCAAGUGGGAGGGUGAUAACGGCUACAGUCAGAUCAACAUCCAGUUUUGACUGAGAUGUCCUGUAAUUGUUUGAAAUAGUGGAUGCAGGAACUUGUCCCACUGUGUAUGGUGAUGUCAUAUUGCUGUCAUCUCUCAGAAUGUCAGAAUUUCGUAAUUAAUUACACACUUUAUUACACCUUCAUAACAAAGGUUGUGAAAUCAGGGGUUUUAUAACUUUGUCUGUUCUCCCCUCUUUAAAUCUGUGUUUGGCACAGUAGAAUACAGUAAUUCAAAUUAUCUGGUUUGCAUCUUCACUACUCUUAUGUUACAGGCUUGCUUAUUUAUAGUCACCAUCAUCACCACAGCAAUGAUGUUGGUGUUUCAGAGGAAAGAUGGAGGAAGCUGGUAAUGGGUGUUAUUUCCUAUUUUCACGAAGUGUUUAAUGGCUUUUAGCCUUAACGUCAAUGUUGUUCCAAAUACCCUGCAACUGCCCUACAAUAUGAAGCAAUAAAGCAUAUUUAACAGCAUGUGAAGGUGACAUUUUGUGAUAACUUUGAACAUUAGCCAUGUGAGAGCUGGGUUGUGUUGAAAACUUGGUACUGACGCCAUAGAUUCUGGAUCUGGACCAAUCUACUGGUACCAGAAUUGCAGACCAGGAUUCAUUUUUAACACAGGAGUUGCAGUGUUGAUGUGGUGCCAAAAUGCUCCAGGAUUCGAAUCAUACUGGGUCAUGAAACCAACUUGUUAUGUGUCUGUGUGUUUGCAGGUAGCCCUCCUGAUUGCGUUCCUGUGUGUAUACUGUGCACGAGGUUGGACUGAUUACUCAGCCUUUCGGUACUUUGAGGUGGUGACGCUAUGGUUCCUCAUAGCCUUCCUCAUCUUCUACCUCAUGUAUGUGUUCAGACUGCAGAGUAAGAUCCCCUGUAUCAACUGGACAAUGACGGUGAGUGGCCCUGCAAACGACACACACACUGAUACACACACACAUUUACAUGCAGACUCUCUUAUCCAGAGAGACUUACAGUAGUGUGCAUAAUCUUUUAAAACUUUUUUUGUACUUUUUCCACAGACACACAUAUACACACACGCUUUACAACACUUAUCUAUACCUUUCAUUGUUUCAGGAGUUCCUGCAUUAUGGCGUUGGGACCAUCCUGGUCUUCAUUGCCUCUGUUGUUGCAGCUGUUAAGAAUGGAGGUGUGUCUGAACUAGUAGCUGGUUCGGUGAGUAACAGUUUUCUGGUGCUCCUUUCCAGAGCUGAGGAAUGUUCAUUCAUUUUAUCUAUCCUAGUAUCGCAGCAUUUAGCUGUAGAUAUAAUUGAGAGGCCCUGUUUGAAAAAAUGGAACCUUAUAUCUAAGCUCUCCAUUGUUUAUUUCUGUUUGUUAUGUGGCGGGUGUGUGGGAUUCCCCUUUAAAGCAGACCAAAUGGCUAUUAAAGGGGAAUGGAAACACUAGGCUUUAGAACACCAGCUAACUGUAACUGUAAAUCGCCAUAUUGGCAUUGUUGCAUCACUGGCAGGAUUUCCCAAAAAAGGCUGAAUCCCAAAACUGUCUGAAAGACCAUGAGCUCUGCGUGCAUUAAUGAGCUAAAUUUGCUGGUUUCAAACCAUAUACGAAAACAUGAUACAUAUUUUGAAAGCUGAGAAACAGGCCUUACAAAUUAUAUUACAUACAAUAGCACCACAUCAAUCAAAUGGUAAUCAGUUAAGAAAAAUCUUAUGAAAAUCUAUGUUUUUUCCCCCAAACAACUGCCAUUUACACAACUUCCUAAUGAAGAUAGAGAAAAAUUAGAGCAUAUUGAGUCUUCUUUAUUUAGUAACGAUUGAAAAACUGAAAUCAGAAUAGUAAUAUGUUCUACUGUGAAUGAGUUACAACCGUUUUAGUGAACAGUGUUAUUUUUCUAGAAUUCUAUGGAAUGUUCUGUUAUCAGACACUUUCUUAUAUGGAUUGUAUAUUAAACACAGAUGUGCACCAAAACAUAUUACAAAUGGCAUUUAGUCUUACAUAUGAUAAGCAAAGACAUACACAAGUAAUAUAAUAUGAAUAAAUCAAUAUUGAAAAAACAAUUGGAAUUACAAAAUAUGAUAAGAAUACGGAAUAUAAUAACAAUAAUUGGCUUUGAAAACUUCAAUUUCUUCUGCACAUACAUUCCACUUGGCCUAUAGUCUAAUACAGGAAGAGUCAGAAUGGGAACAAAUUAAAAGCAUGCAAGAGAAGAGAAAUGACCAGUGACCAUCUGAGCUACUGGGUGAAGACUAGGAGUCCCUUAACUAGUGGCUAUGUCUGCAAUGAAUCACACUCACUGGAGUACCACAACCUAAAAUAAUUUUGCCUCCUACGACGCAUAACUGCUUGCCCUUGCAUUCUGGUGCAACACAAACAAAUCACGUCAUAUCCUCCUUUCUAUCUUUCCUGUAACAAAUCCAACCAUUUCUACAGUAGUCCUCCAGGACAAUGAAGUUCACCUAGGCUGUGAGGGGGAGGGUGUGAUUGUCCCUCGGCCCUGUCUGCAGCCUAAGCAGCAUGUUGUCCAGUCUCUCCAGCCCCUAUCUGGCCUUGACACUUGUCUAGCUAGCAAGCUACAAAUCAAAUCAGACACUAGCCAGUUGAUUUUAGCUCUUAGCUAAUGCCAAUGACAAAUGCUCUUCAAAUUGUCAAUAUGAGCAUUUUAUUUUGUACAGUUUGCGAAGACAACAUUAACAUGAAAAAGACAAGAGAAGAGCUAGCUAAAUCAACAAGUUAGCUAGCUAGUUGCCUCGGUUUGGCUGACUGUCUACUCGGCUUGUUAUCAAAAGUUAAUUUCACAGAUUCCUUUUAUCAAUAGAAAAAAAUACUCUAAAAUGUAAAUAUAAUAAUUACCAACAUAAAAAUGAAUUGCAUACAGUUUCUUACCUUCAUAUUUUUGUCCUGAUCUCAAUGACAAAGCUAUCAAAAUGUUGAGAAACCUUUCAGGUCCAGUGGAGACAAGGCGCCUCCUGGUGUCAGCAUUCACUUUCAUCAGCUUGGGGACUUACAGCUGUCCCCUGAAUGCUUGACAGAUCACCAACAUGUAGGUUUUUUAUAGGGGGAUAAUAAGGCAUCUUUCUUGUUGUCCUUUACAGGUAUUUGGCUUCAUCGCCACAUUCCUACUGGCUGUCAGCAUAUGGACAUCCUAUAAGGUCACAUGUGGUUCCCAGCCAACCAGUAAGUCUGAAAUUCUUUGAAAUCCUUUUUCCCUCCGACCACAGUUGCCUAGCGACAUGUACCGAGCCUUUGAAAGACAGACGCUCAAUUGAAAGGGAUUCAAAUAUAGCCUGUAAUCAUAUCAUGAAAUAGACCUACCCGGAUAUUGAACGCCUCUUUUACGCUGCUGCUACUUCAAGUCAAUCAUGAAAAUAGGGGCCCCCCACUUGCUUGACGUCCCCUUGUUUAUAGUGAAUUUUUCUAUUGAUACCUCCAUCGUGGUUGUGUUUAUUCUUACUUUUUUGUAAAAUAAACACUUUGGUUAGGCUGUAAGUAUUCACUAGUCUGCCUGUGUAUCGCGCAUGGACCACUGGGAAUACAGUGGGAAAAAAGUAUUUAGUCAGGCCACCAAUUGUGCAAGUUCUCCCACUUAAAAGAUUGGAGAGAGGCCUGUUUAAUUUCAUCAUAGGUACACGUAAACUAUGACAGACAAAAUGAGAAAAAAAAUCCAGAAAAUCACAUUGUAGGAUUUUUAAUGAAUUUAUUGGCAAAUGAUGGUGGAAAACUAAGUAUUUGGUCAAUAACAAAAGUUUCUCAAUACUUUGUUUAUAUACCCUUUGUUGGCAAUGACACAGGUCAAACGUUUUCUGUAAGUCUUCACAAGGUUUUCACACACUGUUGCUUGUAUUUUGGCCCAUUCCUCCAUGCAGAUCUCCUCUAGAGCAGUGAUGUUUUGGGGCUGUCGCUGGGCAACACAGACUUUCAACUCCCUCCAAAGAUUUUCUAUGGGGUUGAGAUCUGGAGACUGGCUAGGCCACUCCAGGACCUUGAAAUGCUUCUUACGAAGCCACUCCUUCGUUGCCCGGGCGGUGUGUUUGGGAUCAUUGUCAUGCUGAAAGACCCAGCCACGUUUCAUCUUCAAUGCCCUUGCUGAUGGAAGGAGGUUUUCACUCAAAAUCUCACGAUACAUGGCCCCAUUCAUUCUUUCCUUUACACGGAUCAGUCGUCCUGGUCCCUUUGCAGAAAAACAGCCCAAAAGCAUGAUGUUUCCACCCCCAUGCUUCACAGUAGGUAUGGUGUUCUUUGGAUGCAACUCAGCAUUCUUUGUCCUCCAAACUUGACGAGUUGAGUUUUUACCAAAAAGUUAUAUUUUGGUUUCAUCUGACCAUAUGACAUUCUCCCAAUCCUCUUCUGGAUCAUCCAAAUGCACUUCAGACGGGCCUGGACAUGUACUGGCUUAAGCAGGGGGACACGUCUCGCACUGCAGGAUUUGAGUCCCUGGCGGCGUAGUGUGUUACUGAUGGUAGGCUUUGUUACUUUGGUCCCAGCUCUCUGCAGGUCAUUCACUAGGUCCCCCCGUGUGGUUCUGGGAUUUUUGCUCACCGUUCUUGUGAUCAUUUUGACCCCACGGGGUGAGAUCUUGCGUGGAGCCCCAGAUUGAGGGAGAUUAUCAGUGGUCUUGUAUGUCUUCCAUUUCCUAAUAAAUGCUCCCACAGUUGAUUUCUUCAAACCAAGCUGCUUACCUAUUGCAGAUUCAGUCUUCCCAGCCUGGUGCAAGUCUACAAUUUUGUUUCUGGUGUCCUUUGACAGCUCUUUGGUCUUGGCCAUUGUGGAGUUUGGAGUGUGACUGUUUGAGGUUGUGGACAGGUGUCUUUUAUACUGAUAACAAGUUCAAACAGGUGCCAUUAAUACAGGUAACGAGUGGAGGACAGAGGAGCCUCUUAAAGAAGAAGUUACAGGUCUGUGAGAGCCAGAAAUCUUGCUUGUUUGUAGGUGACCAAAUACUUAUUUUCCACCAUAAUUUGCAAAUAAAUUCAUAAAAAAUCCUACAAUGGGAUUUUCUGGAUUUUUUUUUCUCAAUUUGUCUGUCAUAGUUGACGUGUACCUAUGAUGAAAAUUACAGGCCUUUCUCAUCUUUUUAAGUGGGAGAACUUGCACAAUUGGUGGCUGACUAAAUACUUUUUUUCCCCCACUGUAUAUAACUUUGCAUAUUUGCUACAGUGGAGCUUUCUUUUGCAACGCAGAUCAGGAGUUAAUUCAGUUGCAUUUCCUGUGCUGCCGGCUAUUACAAGGGCUAGGAAGGGUUUUUGUUCUUAGUUGACUAAACUUUCGUUAACUAGUGUUUCCUCUUUCCCCAUCUCUCACACUUCCUCUAACUGUAGGUGCUUCUGUGUAAAACGGAUCUAUCAUUUCUUCCCCUGAAGUACCAAGAUGACUCCAUUGUCAGUGUGCUGUGCGACAGUCACUUCUUACCCUAACAACUGGCCCAGGGCCCUUUUAACAAAUGUUGAACAAUCAAAACUUCAGUUUAGCCUGAGACUGGUUUCACUUCAGGAUAGUUACAAGUUAGCCAGUUAACUUUGCUAAACACUCUAUUUUGUACAGUUUACAAUAAAGCUUAAAGUAAUUUCUCCUUCUUUGAGAUACACCAUCCUGACGACCGGUCAGUUGUUAGGGGUAAGAAGUCACCUGUGUGUGCUGUGAAUAGCAAGCAGCUGUUGUUUCAGAUAAGUGCCUCCAAAGUGUUUAAACUAAGGGCUAGGCUGAGACCCAGGCCAAACCAUCCCUCCAUCUUGAAUGGUCGGUAUUUGAAUGUUUUGAAAUCAAAAGAGGUCAUAUGCUGUUUUUCAGUGUUGCCCUGAAGCUUUUUAGAGUUAGAUAUGUCAAUGCCACCCUGUUUACAUUAUUUAUUUGAGAGCAAAUGUUUUAUGAUGAUAAAGUUUUGUGCUUUUAUGUUCAAGCUUACUACUGUAUGUCUGUCACAGUAUUAUAGGCUGCUUAUGAGAAUAAUAUAAUCAUAAAAAGGUCAACCUUUAUACAGCCUCACAGUAUCACUUGUAUUUAAACAUCUCUUCUUUAUUUGAUGUGUUUCAGUUUGUAUAUGGGUUUAUAUUUGAAACGUGCUUUUGUUUGACUGAAGUAAAAGGUAAACUCAACAGCAUCCAAGUCUCUGAAUCCUUGUUUGUUGAACAUAAGACAUUGAGACCAUUGGAGGCUCCUUAGAGGAGAAAGGGGAGGACCAUCCUCCUCAGUGAAUUUCAUAAAAAUAAAAAUAGUGAAACAUUAAAAUGUAUUUUUGUUGUUGUUGAUAAAACCUAUACUAAAUAUAUUCACGUCACCAAAAAAAUUGAUUAAA